CUCUUGGUGGGCUUUUGAACGAUUCCAAUUAUGUUCUCCCGUGCACUUGGUUUCCGUCAUAGAAUGUUCCUCACCAUGUUGUAACUUGCAUCUUGGGUUAAUUAUUUUUAAAGGUUUCUACUACGUAAAAGCGCCAUAUGGCCACAUAAUUGUGAUUUUUCUUGUGUGGCACCUUACCUUUUCGAUAACUUCAUUUAUUUUUCUAAACAUUUAUAUAUACGCGGAAAUCUUGUAUUUUAACUCAAUUUUCGUUUGCUACCUCAUUUACUAAAAGCGCCAUUUUUAUUGUGCUUACUAGCUGGGUCUUAUACUUUCGUUUAUUCAUAUUUAACUUCAUUAAAACAUUUUCUUUUGGUCAUCAUUAUUGUUGUUACUGGGCGAAGAUCUUAUAACAAAUUUAGUUCAGAAAAUUCCAAUUUUUGUACCUCAACUAUUCCAUGUCCGCUUCUUAUAUUCGUCGUGAUACACUUGUUUCUAAUCCCUGUUCUCUAUCCAUACUUUCUGGGUCAUCUAUAAACACCAAUGAGCAUAAAGAUGUUUCAUCGCUUUCUACGAUUAGAUCUUAUCCUGAUCAAGCAAUGCCUUCAAAACAUAGUCCAUCAGGUGGUCAGUUACAACAAGGUAAUCAAGGUAGUAUUCAGUCACCUAAAAUGUCACCUGAUUCAACUUUAAUUCAGCUUUCUACACCAAGUUUUGUUUCUUAUUUAAAUUCCACUACAAGUCUUGGUAUAUCAAGCGGAAAUCCUAUCACAUGCGAUAGUUUUCUUCGAUCAGCACUUUUAUCAGACGGGUUAGAAAAACAGUGUGUCGGGAGUUCAACAAAUCUUAACAUAACUCACUUUCAUGAUCCAUCUGUACUACCAAAUAUUCAUCCAUGUUCACUAUUACGUCCACGUGCUAUGACAACAUCAAACGCUUCAAGAUCUGGCACACCGGUCGGAAAUACACCUACAUCUGGCUCUUCAGCAUGUGCAUCUGCCCCAACUAGCACAACUCCUAUUAAGAAGUCUUCAAGACGUAAUCCUUGGGGUUCUGAGACAUAUUCAGACUUAAUUUCAGUUGCUAUACGUUCUUAUCCAGAUAAACAAGCAACUUUACAACAGAUUUAUGACUUCAUAAUUACUCAUUAUGAGUAUUUUCGGGAGCGCAGUGAUCCAACAAGUUCUGCUGGAUGGAAGAAUUCAAUCCGUCACAACCUGUCAUUACAUGAUCGAUUUACAAAGUGUCCAAAAUCAUCAGACAACACAAAGUCAUCAUAUUGGAGAAUUAAUCCAGACGUAGCCGCUAAGCCAUAUGUACGUCGACGGGCUUGUUCUAUGGAUACUACCAAUUUAAAGAGACCUGGGUCUGGCAAUUAUGGGAAAAUGAAUAACCGAUCAAGUGGUAGUGUUUCUCACCGGACCGUAUCCAGUAACCCUACUGGUCAUCGCAUUCAUGUGCCUUCAGCCGAUAGCGACAUUACUAAACCUUCUUUAUCACCUGUUUGUGAGCUACAGUAUCCACUGGAUAUUAACUAUUCAUCUACUAAAGUUACUAACAGUCGUUCAAAUACCGAAUGCAGUAAGGAUUACAAUGAAGCAAAUGUUCUAAAUUGUUUGACUUCAUCAUCAUCUCCAUGUGUUGACACUUGUAGCGCAGCUAAAUCUUUGAAUUUUUAUCAUUGUUCACAACAAGCAAAUACUACUAACAAUAAUAAUUCAAUACCGACUUGUAUCAGUGUUCACUGGCAAAAUGCAAAAUCUUUAACACAUAUAUCGAAUUCUCAAGUAUAUAGUUCGAAUCCUCCCAACGGGAUAUUCAACUCGGGAUUCUCUGGUCUGUCAUGUUCUACUGACCAACCACCGAGUCGAUGUCGAACAAGUGGAUUAAUUGAACAACUGUUGCGCAAUGAUCAAAAUGUUGGAGUAAAUAGUAUGUCUUCAUCAAUGCAUACCAUUGAUCGUUUAUCAUCGGAUCAUUUUCCAAGCAAUUCAUUUCUUCCCUGUCACUCAGGUAAAUCAUCUUUUACAGGGAAUAAUUCGAACUUAUGCACUUCAUUACAACAAAUGGAAACAGAUUAUCUUUCUAAUAUAAUGGAUACAACACCUCAAUUGGAAAUUAUUAGACAGCAAAGUUUUCAUCCCAGUGCUCUGUUUAAUCAUAUUAAUUCAUCUCGUGUAUCAUCAUCAGUUGCUGCUGCUCACCAUUUAUUACCUGUACCUCUGUUGACAGAUCAUCAUGGUUCUUCUACAGCUAAUGCUGCGGCGGCGGCGGCUGCAGCUCAAUCUCAUUGGCAAGCUUAUCGUUCUAAUUUACAUUCAUCAGUUGCAAGUUCAUUCUAUCCAAUACCUCAUAAUACAACGAAUUUUAUAUCUCAAUCAUCUACUUUACAAUCAUCCACACCAGCAAAUCAUUUCACAUCUUCAUUUUAUGAUAAUUCACAUUUAAUGCAUUCAACAAAUGAUGGAAAACUUCCAUUUUUAAAUUGUUCCGGUAAUUCAACUACUUCUCUAUCACCAUCCAUAAAUAAUUCUGUCGGUUCAUCUCCCGGUUCUUGGCGCCAUUCUCUUGGUUUAGAUAUGCGUUUGUUAAGUGAUUCACAUAGCUUACAACGAGGAGAUCCCAUUACAUCUUUAUCCACAUCUUGUUCAGGGCAUAGCGCUAUUGAAAAUACGAGUAGAUCCUUAGGUCCAGUAACACCACCUGAUCUUAUGUAUUUUCCUCAAACGACACUAUUCGGUAUGUCUGAUCAUAAUAUUGAAUCACCGUUCCUACAACAACAAACUCAAACGAAACAAGUUAGCCAAAGUGGAAAUUUGAUGUCUGAACAGUUGUGUAAUUUAGGACGAGCAGAUCGCUCUUCUGUAACAAAUUAUGCAACACAACAAUCAUCGUCACCAUCAUCAGCUUUUACUUCAAAUCCAGUACAGUCUCGAUCCACUGAUCGUACAUACAGGGAUCUACGACAAUAUGUUGAACCUUAUUCAUCUUACGAUGAUGAUUGUGAACCACUGGAAUUAGAAUUGAGUCUAGAACUAGCUGAUCGAAUUGUAGGAAGCACUGCUACAACGUCAAAUAGUAAUAACCCAAUAACUUCUAGUUUUUGAUGCGCUUACGAAUUAAUGAAUUAAUUUUAAUUUGUUCAGACAUAUUUCUAAGAAUAACAUUUCAUCUAUUUGAUUACUUAAAAUUCGUAUGGAAUAGUUGUUACUUGAUCUUAUAUACAUAUGUAUAUUUUCCAACGAAAUUUGAAGGCAGCUUGAAUGAACCUCGAAAUUUAUCUGUUAUGAAUUUUUAUUAAUCCCGUCCUUUCUUAUUGUAUUACCUUAAGAUAACUUAUUCAGAACAUUCUUAUUUUAUUUACUCACUGGUCGUCUUUUUUUUUUACCAGGGAUGAUACAGCCUUCUGUAUCUCUGUUUUUGUGGUGUUCGUUUCUGAACUCCAUCUCUGUUACUAAUAUCAUAAUUGAAACAGUAUGUCGACUUAAUUUGCCAGUUCAUAACCAGUUGUCUUUCCAAGUUAGUACAUGUAAGCAGAAAAAGUUGUUGCAUGUGCUUUCUCUUGCCUAACUGGUAACCAUUCAGGUAUAUAUAUAUAUAUAUAUAUAU